ACCUGAUCUCUGAAUGCAUAUUCCAAAUUAAACCAACACACAUGUCCAGAGUGGUCCUGAAUCAUGUUCCCCUCUCUCUCUAUUUGAUGCGUGUACGGUGUACCAGUCUUGUAUGAGGCUCUUUCUUUGUAAUGAUCCCUCUACCAUUCCAUUUUGUCUUGGUCUUAUUUCUUCUAUUUCUUUACUCCAAAUAAAAGGUCACAAAACUACACACACAACUGACACAGAGUGUGCAUAUUUGACAAGCUCAAACUCUGAGACCAAGGAGUGAUAGCAACACACCGCCACAAGACCUAGCCAAACCCCUUGACAUUUUCUCACUCUCACUUUGAUCUUCACACUCUUCUCCGGCUCUCCCCAUUGGGAAAACCACCAUCAACCCUCUUCUUUCUCUCUCUCUUUAUAUAAAUCCCACCCCACCUCCAAAAUCAUUCCCUUAAGAAAUUUCACAACAUGGGUAAUGAAAACCAUCACCACAACCCCCACCUUCAAUUCUAUCAUCAGAAAACCAUGUUCCUUCCAAUCCUCUGUUCUCGCCCUUCCAUCAAAGAUGUGAACCUUCCAAGAUGCAGGGGGCUUCAAAAUUCCUCCUUUGAUGACCCUUUGUCCCCAAGAAUUGGUUGCAUGGGUCAGGUGAAGAGGAACAACAAAAUUGCUGGAGUUCCAACCUCUUCUCAUAGUCACAGGCUCACUUUAACCGCCACCAAAAGCACCACCCCUGUUGUCAAAUAUUCCAAGCUCAAAAAGCUCUUCUCUGGUAAGAAUCUUAUCAUUAGCACCCCAAAAACCACCACUGCAGUGCCUAAUUCCAACAUCAACCGAUGUCGGACAAGGCAACAACAAUUGGCAGCAGGUAAUAACAGUGCAGGUGUACCAAAACAUAAGAGGUGUGAUCAAAAUCAAAAUCAAAAUCUUGUUGGUAUAAGCAUUGAGGAGAUGGAUCCUCCUCUGCCUGUGAUAAAAAAAGUGCCCAAUUUGGAGGAAGGAAGCAAAGUGGAGAAUAGUCUUUGGAAAAGGAGGAAUAAUGGGCCUGCAAUCAAAGGUUUGCAGCUUCAACAGAUUCACCAUCCAAGGAUUUGUCUUCAGCUUGAUCCAACAACUGUUUGAUGGGUAUGAAUGAAUUGGGAUCAGAUUUCAUGAUUCAUGAGACAGAUCCAUAGUUUUUCUCCAUAAUUUUUUUGUAUAUCAGAUAUAAUGUAAAUAAUUUCCUCUUUAUUUUUUAAUUUAGAUUUUGAUUUACUUUC